GAGAUCUUACCUAAGAGAUGAAUGAUCGUGCCACUUUAUCUUCUUCCGAGUAUCCUCCAUCCCCAAACACCCCUCUCCUCUCAUCUUCAUUACCCCGAACUAUUUAACUUUCUCCACCCAGCUUCUUAUCUAUCAAACGCGACGAAUGAGACGAACGAGACGAAGGAUAAUUUGCGAGCAAAUACGAUCUCGAUAUAUUUAUGGGCUUUUUUGUGGCUUUGGGGAAAACUUGCGCCGAUUGAUUGAUUGAUUGUUUGUUUGUUUGAUGCUCGGGGUUUGAUUUGUUUGUUCCAGGGCGAGCUCGAGCUUGAACUAACUUACUUGACCUUGACGUCGAUCGCGAAUCCUCCUCCACUGCGCAUACGGAGGCAUAGGCAACGGCAACGCUGAUCGAUACCCCGCACCGCAGACGCUGGAAUUGUUUGGUACUUUUUGGCUGGCCGUAAGAGUUUCGGACUUCGUCGAGAAGCGUUUGCGUUUGCGUGCGAGUUUGAGUUUGAGUUUGAGUUGCUGGAUUGAGCUUGGUAGAGAGAAGGGGUUUGCGAUUGAGGGUACUGGGUACUGGGUACUGGGUACUGGGUAGCUACUUUAGAGUUGAGGUUCUGCGUUUGGUGAUAGCGCGCAGGGGAUUGCAAUCGCGAUUUGUGGGCUCAAUUGGAGAGGUUACAAGUACAGGAAUUGGUGGGAAUACGUGGUUGGGAUCGGAAUUUGGAGGAGUGCGGUUUGGUUUGGAUUGUUUGGUUCUCGAGAUUUUUAUUCCAUUCCGCGCAAGAUCGGAAGCAUUCUUUUUACGUCGCAAAUGCCACCUUUACAACUACGACAAGAAUUUCCCUCUCUAAAAGCUUUCAAGGAAGCGCUGCAUGCCUGGGCGAUUGAAGCACAUUUCGAACCGAGGAUCUUAAAAAGUGAUACUGGGAGAGUGAGGGUGGGAUGUAAGAGGGAUCCGGGAUGUCCUUUUGUGGUGAGGUGUAAUUGGGAGAGGAGGGGAGGGAGAGAACCGCUGGCUAGGGUUACGGUGUUGAGGGAGAGACAUACUUGUUUGGAUGAUUUGGUUAGUGUUGGACAUCCGGGUGCGGGGGGAGUUGUGAGGGGACAGGUUAAUGGGGGGUGGGAUGGGAAUGUUGGGGGGAUGUCGGUAGGGAUGGGGGGAGUUGGGAUGGGGAUACCACCUGGUAUGGUGGUUGGAACUGGAGAAGGGGAAAAUGGACAUAUGAUACCCGGAGCGAGAGUUAUUGAACACAAUGGAGGAGGUAGUGGAAUGGCAAUUUCAGGGCAAGUUCUACCUGUUCUACCGAAAGUACAGAGGAAUAGCGCUAGUCGAUUACCAUUUCUCAUGGGAAUUUUGCCAAAAUUAAUGACGAUUACGAAAGAUACAGCACCAGUAGAAAUUCGAGAUCGUAUGAUGAGGGAAUUUGGAGCCGAAGUACAUUUACAGCAAUGUAGAAGAGCAAAGACGGAGAUUUUGAAGAAAGCAGGCAGUCGAGAUGAAAGUAGUGGAGGACAAGGUGAUGGAUUGGGGAGUGAUGGAACGAUCUCUGGGAAUGGAUCUGGGAAUGGCAAUGGGGGUGGAAGUGAAAAUAAUGGCAAUGGUUUGCAAGGAAGCAAUAAAAUACCGCAAAACCAGGUUCUAUUCUCAGAUAUGAAUAGUCAUGGAAAUGGAACAAAUAACAAGGUACCCACACCCAUGAAUAACGGAGCGCCUCCAAAUCCAAACGCAAAUAGAGUCGAGACUCCCAUACCCCCAAGUACAAAUCGAGCGGGUAGUAGUGGAAGUCCUCAACAAUCCUUUAUACUACAUACCGCACAACGAAUUGUAACACCGGUAAUCCCGGAACAGAAUGAAAGUGCAUUGAUGCAAGUAGGGGAACAACCGAUAAGGUGUCCGUAUUGUAUUAAUCAGAGAUGGAUGAGGAGUAUUAAGGAUGCGGUAGAGCAUAUGAGUAUGCAUGUUGUGGUUUGAGAAUACGAGGAUGGGUGGAUUAUGUGAGGAAAGAGGAUAUGUGUUGGGAUAGGAGAUAUGAGAUAUGAGAUAUUUCAAUGUCGUCCUGUUUUUAGGAAAAGGGAUGGGAUGGUUUGGGAUUGUUUGGAGAUUGUCUGGGUCGGUAUGCUACUUGGAUAUUAGGUUUAGAUGAUAUGUUUGAAAUGAUCGGAUUUGAGAAUAUUUCACGCUGUUCAGUCGGCUUUGAACGCAGGAUUUACUGAGAUCUGGGGUUCUUUGAAGGCAGGUGGUUCAGUCGGUCUGUUUCUCGUCUGUAGAUAGAUAGAGUAUUAUUGGAGAGAAAGGAUGAUGUUCUUGGGCGUUGGUCCUGAAUAUUGGUCCCAGACACUGGGACUUUUCUAUCAAAGUCCUAAUGAAUAAGAAGUCUUAUUGCCGUGGGGUGAAAUUGGAUGGAAUGGGAUGGGAUAGGACGGGAUGUAAAAUUCAUUUCAUACGAAAUGUCUUGAAUCUCUGAUCUUUGAUUGAUUACAAUUAUGAGGUAUUAGGGAAGGAUAGAUGAAAGUGCGAUUGGGGUCGCGGGCUGUGAAAUUGGUAGUUUUGGCGGGGUUUGGUGUCGGUGGUUGAGAUGGAUGGGAAUGAAAAUGGAGAUGGAGAUGGAGAUGGAUACUGAUGGGCGUGCGGAUAGGUAUGAAGGAACUUGAGGAUGGUUAUGUGUUGAUCUGAAGAAGCGUAGGCAUUUUGAUUGUUGGUUUUAUAUUAUACCCUUUUUAUGAGUAGUUGCGUAGUUGUUGAAUAUAUGGUUUUUGGGAUUUUGCUUGUUUUGGAAUCUUGGGAUGGGAUGGGAUGGGGAGAGAGUGAGUGAGUGAGUGAGUGGUAUGUAGGUAGGUGUUUGUAUGUCUGUAUGUUUUAUGUGCUUUAUGUGAAUGAUUAAUAAGUAUGUAUGGUGUUCUGAUGUGGAAUGUGAAUGAGAGAGGGAUUGAAUGGAUGUUGAUUUAUUUUUAAUUGGGCGUUGGAGAUUUGAGUAGAGGUUGGAAGUUGGAUGGAUGGGUGGAUGGAUGGGAUAUGCUGAGAUGAGGUGAGAUGGGUAGAAUGAAUAAAUGAAUAGGUAGAAGUGAGAUAUAGUGAGAUGUAAUGAAAUAAAGAAGAAUAAAAUAGAAGAUA